CGCGCGCGGAGGGUCCCGCCUGCUGCUUAAACAAGAUGGCUGUACGCGCAGGAGGAGCAGGAGCAGCAGCAGCAGCAGCACUGGAGGAGGAGGAUAACUGAGGCUAUGCAGAGGAGGAAGGACAGGGGGAGACGAGGGUUUGUUUCACUCCUGUGCGCCUGGUCCUGCAGUCAGAGUAGCGGCUUCACAGAGGAACGGACGCCGUGACACGAUGCUGCUUUGUGACCGUUACCUGUCAGGGUGACGGCUGCUUCACUUGCGUGUCUUUAUUGUUAUUAGCUUUUCUUUUAAACUCAGCACCAAACAGACAGAGCAAACAAAUCACGGAGCACUCGGCAGCAGAGGACAACCGGGGACGCUUACUACAUCACGCCGCUGACAGAGAUGUCCCUGCUGUGCGUGGGAGUGAAGAAAGCCAAACUGGAUGGACCCCAAGAUAAGUUCAACACUUAUGUGACUCUGAAGGUGCAAAAUGUGAAGAGCACAACCAUUGCUGUCAGGGGCAACUUGCCCAGCUGGGAGCAAGACUUCAUGUUUGAGAUCAACCGCCUUGACCUGGGUCUGACGGUCGAGGUGUGGAACAAAGGGUUAAUUUGGGACACCAUGGUUGGCACUGUGUGGAUUCCCCUGCAGAGCAUCCGGCAGUCAAACGAGGAGGGUCCAGGGGAGUGGCUCACACUCGACUCUCAGGUCAUUAUGUCUGAUAAUGAGAUCUGUGGCACCAAAGAUCCCACUCUGCACCUGGUGCUGCUUGACACACGCUUUGAACUGCCUCUUGAUAUCCCAGAGGAUGAAGCACGGUACUGGGCCAAAAAACUGGAGCAGCUCAACGCUAUGAGGGACCAAGAUUAUUCAUACCAGGAAGAACAGGAACGCCCUCUCCGUGCACCAGGCACCCAGUGCUGUAAUUGGAACCUAUGGGGAGACCAACAAAGUAAGAGCACAUGCAGUACAUUAUGUGCAUACAAUGAGGAUCCAGACAGUGCAGUGGAUGACAGGGACAGCGACUAUCGCAGUGAAACCAGUAACAGCAUCCCUCCUCCCUACUACAGCACAUCUCAGCCCAAUGCCUCUGUCCACCAAUAUCCCAUCAGCCACCAGCACCGCACCUCCAGAAGCUUUUCUUACCCAUGCACGACCAAUAGCCACGACCUGGACUACCACAAUCAGAGGGCUGUUAGCCCCACGGGGAGCUAUGCGUCAUCUGCAGAGCUGAGUCGGUGCAGCAGUCAGCUGAGUGUGGAGGAUUAUGGAGGUGAGUACAUCGAGAGGGAUCCGUAUGAUGAGAACGACUCCUACCACUCCUGCCAUUCCUCAGUCAGCUACAGCAAAGGCUCUCCAGACUGGGACCCUGAUGAGACCCAGGGAGCAUACAGUGAUGAGGGUGGUUACAGCAAAGAUGGUGGCGAGGAGGUGGCUCUGUACGAGGAGGAUGAUGGCGGAUUGUAUGAGGGAGAAGAGGAUGGGCUCUACGAGGAAGAAGAGAUGAUGUAUGAAGAUGAGGAUUUGUACAAUUUGGAUGGGACCCUCAGCGAGGACAUGGAGCCUCCAUUCACUCCCACACCAACAUCAACUGCCCCUCCAACUCUUGAUGUACCAAGCUCCAGACCUCCUCUAGAGAAACAGACGUCCUUGCACCAGCAGCAGCCAUCUUCUCAACUGUCUAACCAAACACCUAAUCAGGCUCAUCCUCCUGGCAUGGCCCCAGCAGCACAGCCCCCCUCUAGUCAAACAACAACCCAAACACCUAAGCAGCCCCAAACACAACCUCAGCCACAGCCAGCUCCAUCUGCUACUUCCUUCUUCUCAAUGGCCAAACCUCUAACAGCUGCAGUCACAGGCCUGGCCUCUACUUUCCUGUCUUCAGCCACCCAACCUGCCCAACCUCCCCCGCAGCCCUCAGCCUUAUCCCAACAGCACCAUUCUGCAGCAGCCAGCUCUGUCCCUCCAUCUCACCCAGCUACCAUGGCUAACUCAUCCACUCAGCCUCCCUCCACCACCGUCGGCCCGUCCUCACAACAGAUCCCAUCAUCUGUACAGCCCCAUUCCCAAACGAACGACCCUGCCACCACACAGUCAGCUGCCCCCGAGGACCAGGUUCCCCAACUUGAAGAAGAACAGUGGCUAGAAGAGGAAAUGAUGUUGGAGAGAGAGGACAGGACCCCUCCAGCCCAGUCGGAGGAGAAGUUCCCGAUGGAGGAAAAGGAGCAACAAUUUGAAGAGAACAUACCGCAGACACCCACAGAGUUACAAGAGAUUCCACCAGAGAGCCCUCCAAUUAUAGAGGAGCCCAAAGAGCCAGUCGAUCCAGCAGUCCGCGCCAAAGAAAACUGGCUGAGGUUGUACAACAAGGUUUUAGAGCAGCUUCGGGAGGCUCGAGGAGAGACCUCCAACUCGCUGUGGUUUGGUAAAGGAGGAAUGGGUGGUGCACUCUACAGUAUUGACAGCAUGCCUGACCUUCGUAAAAGGAAAGCUAUUCCACUUGUGAGAGAUCUGGCCAUGUCGCUAGUGCAGAAUUCUCGGAAAGCUGGAAUCACAUCAGCCAUGGCUUCCACCACUCUUGGCAAUGAAGAGCUGAAGAGCCAUGUUUAUAAAAAGACCCUGCAGGCUCUGAUCUACCCCAUCUCCUCCACCACGCCACACAACUUUGAGGUGUGGACAGCCACCACCCCCACCUACUGCUAUGAAUGUGAGGGGCUGCUUUGGGGUAUCGCCCGCCAAGGCAUGCGCUGCUCUGAGUGUGGCGUCAAAUGUCACGAAAAGUGUCAGGAUCUACUCAACGCCGACUGUCUGCAGAGAGCUGCAGAGAAGAGCUCCAAACACGGGGCGGAGGACCGAACCCAGAACAUCAUCAUGGUCUUGAAGGACCGCAUGAAGAUCAGAGAGAGGAACAAACCAGAGAUCUUUGAGCUGAUACAAGAAGUGUUUGCCCUCGAUAAAUCAACACACGCCACGCACAUGAAACAGAUCAAGCAGAGUGUGCUUGACGGUACCUCAAAAUGGUCUGCGAAGAUCAGCAUCACGGUGGUUUGUGCUCAGGGUCUGCAGGCUAAAGACAAAACAGGCUCCAGUGACCCUUAUGUCACUGUUCAAGUCGGGAAGACCAAGAAGAGAACCAAGACCAUCUAUGGCAACCUCAACCCUGUCUGGGAGGAAAACUUCCACUUCGAAUGCCACAACUCAUCUGACCGCAUCAAGGUCCGUGUCUGGGACGAGGACGAUGACAUCAAGUCCCGCGUGAAACAGAGGUUUAAGCGUGAGAGCGACGACUUCCUGGGUCAAACAAUCAUCGAAGUCCGCACUCUGAGCGGGGAGAUGGACGUCUGGUACAACCUGGACAAGAGAACAGAUAAGUCUGCUGUGUCGGGAGCCAUUCGGAUGCACAUCAGUGUGGAGAUCAAAGGAGAGGAGACGGUAGCACCAUACCAUGUCCAGUACACCUGUCUACACGAGCAUCUGUUCCAGUACACUACUGAGGAGCAGAAUGGAGGUGUAGUAAAAAUCCCGGAUGCCAAAGGGGACGAUGCCUGGAAGGUGUACUUUGAGGAGACAGCUCAAGAGAUAGUGGACGAGUUCGCCAUGAGAUAUGGAGUCGAGUCCAUCUACCAGGCCAUGACCCACUUUGCCUGCUUGUCAUCCAAGUAUAUGUGCCCAGGAGUCCCAGCGGUGAUGAGCACACUGCUGGCCAACAUCAACGCUUACUACGCCCACACCACCCAGUCCUCCAACAACGUUUCUGCCUCAGACAGAUUUGCUGCGUCAAACUUUGGCAAGGAGAGGUUUGUCAAACUGCUGGAUCAGCUGCACAACUCCCUGAGGAUUGACCUGUCCAUGUACCGGAAUAACUUCCCUGCCAGCAGUCCUGAAAGACUACAGGAUCUUAAGUCCACUGUUGAUCUCUUGACCAGCAUCACAUUCUUCAGGAUGAAGGUCCAGGAGCUGCAGAGUCCCCCGAGGGCAAGUCAAGUGGUGAAAGAUUGCGUGAAAGCCUGUCUCAACUCCACCUAUGAGUACAUUUUCAACAACUGCCAUGACCUCUACAAUAGGGAAUAUCAGACAGAUCCUUCAAAGGCAGUUCCUCCAGAUGAGCAGGGUCCCAGCAUCAAGAACUUAGACUUCUGGUCCAAACUUAUCACCCUCAUCGUCUCCAUCAUAGAGGAGGACAAAAACUCCUACACUCCUUGCCUUAAUCAGUUUCCUCAGGAACUGAAUGUGGGCAAGAUCAGCGCUGAGGUCAUGUGGAAUAUGUUUGCACAAGAUAUGAAAUAUGCCAUGGAGGAGCAUGAGAAGAAUCGCUUGUGUAAAAGUGCAGAUUAUAUGAACUUGCACUUCAAGGUAAAGUGGCUGUAUAAUGAGUACUGCAAGGAGCUGCCCACUUUCCAGAAGCACGUCCCUGAAUAUCCAGCCUGGUUCGAACCAUUUGUCAUUAUGUGGUUGGACGAAAAUGAGGAAGUGUCCAGAGAUUUUCUCCAUGGAGCCCUGGAGAGGGACAAAAAAGAUGGGUUCCAAGUCACAUCUGAGCAUGCUUUGUUCUCCUGCUCAGUGGUGGACGUGUUCUCUCAGCUUAAUCAAAGCUUUGAAAUCAUCCGUAAACUGGAGUGUCCCGAUCCACAGAUUGUUGGGAACUACAUGAAGAGAUUCGCCAAGACUAUCGGCAAUGUCUUGUUGUCUUACGCUGACAUCAUAGCAAAAGACUUUCCAAAUCAUGUCAAGAAGGAGAAAGUGCCAUGUAUCAUCAUCAAUAACAUCCAGCAGCUCAGAGUUCAGCUGGAGAAGAUGUUUGAGGCCAUGGGAGGCAAAGACGUAAGUUUCCAUUUACACCGUUACUGUUUUUUUCAGAUCUUUCUCUUAUGGCAUGACGCAUGUAUUAAUCCCAUCCUCCUCCAGCUCAAUCUGGAGGCGAGUGACUUCUUGAAGGAGCUGCAGAACAAACUCAACAGUGUCAUGGAUGACCUGAGUCGCAUCUUUGCAGUCAGUUUCCAGCCACAGAUUGAGGACAACGUGAGGCAGAUGGGAGAUAUCUUAGCCCAGGUCAAAGGUCAGACUGUACCAGCCAAUGGCAGUGUGGUUCAGGAGGCGGACAACGUCUUACAACCCAUCAUGGACUUCCUGGACAGCAAUCUGUCGCUGUUUGCAAAGAUCUGUGAGAAGACCGUCCUGAAGAGAGUGCUGAAGGAGUUGUGGAAACUAGUGAUGAACACAAUGGAAAAAACGAUUGUUCUUCCAACACUUACCGACCAGACGGGCACUCAGAUGAUCUUCAAUGCUGCUAAGGAACUGGGGCAGCUUUCUAAGCUCAAGGAGCACAUGGGGCGAGAGGAGGCCAAAGCUCUGACUCCUAAACAGUGUGCAGUCAUAGAGCUGGCGCUGGACACUAUUAAGCAAUACUUCCAUGCUGGUGGUGUGGGCCUGAAGAAAACCUUCUUGGAAAAGAGUCCAGACCUGCAGUCUCUGCGCUACGCCUUGUCUCUGUACACGCAGGCCACCGACAAACUGAUCAGGAAGUUUGUCCUCUCACAGAACGCACAGGUGCAUGGAGGGAAAGGCGUCCGGUACUCGGCGAACGAAGACACGCCGCCAGAGAAAGCGUCUGGAGUGGAUGCAGUUGGCGAAGUGGUCAUGUGUGUGGAUAUCUUACCCCAGCCUAACGGAGAACACAAAAUCAGUGUCAAAGUGGUGGCUGCAAAUGACCUGAAGUGGAAGGCUCAGGGCUUCAGGCCUUUUGUGGAAGUCUACAUCAUUGGCCCUCACCUCAGCGACAAGAAGAGGAAAUUUGCCACCAAGUCCAAGAACAACACCUGGUCUCCCAAGUUCAACGAGAUCUUCCAGUACUCGCUGGGCACAGAGGUGGGUCCAGAGAGCUACGAGCUGCAGGUGUGCGUGAAGGACUACUGCUUCGCCAGAGAGGAUCGCACUGUGGGGGUGGCCCUGCUGCAGGUGAAGGACAUUGCCAGCAAGGGCAGCGUCACCUGCUGGCUGCCGCUGGGCAGGCGCACCCACAUGGACGAGACCGGUCUGACAGUGCUGCGCAUCCUCUCCCAGCGCAACAACGACGACGUGGCAAAGGAGUUCGUGAAGCUUAAGUCAGACCAGCGCUCAGCUGAGGAGGGCCGCAGCUGAGCGAGGACACACGAACCCCAGAGACUGACUCACAUAGUGUUAUGCACACAUAUAAGUUCCACAUAGAUGAUAAGCAACCAUGUGCAAUACAUAAGCACACACACGUGUACAAAUAUCUGCAUACAUUAUGCAACAUUGACAUUGCAAAGACAUCGGUGCAAACUAUGUGUUUGUAAAAAGAUGACAUUUCAUUUUGAAUAAUUCAGCAGCUCAAUACAAAUUUGGUCAGCUGAAGGUUUUAGCCUUGCAUUUAGCAAGCCCUUGUCAGUCCACCGCUCACUCUCUCCUUUAACACCGCACCUUUUAUAUGGUAUAUGGAUAAAACUACAACGCCACAACUGCAUCCAUGUGAAUAGUUUGACAAAGACCACUUUGCACUUUUGCUUCUCUGUAUCUUCAGGAGAGUGGCUCUCGCCCAAGCUACGCUCUGUCCUCCUGCUUGCCUGUUUGUGUUGUCCUUCUAGUCUAUCGUUCUCCUCUCCUCUCCUUUUCUCCCACAGUGUUGCAUACGGUGGAAAUCAGAUCCAAGAUCAGCUUUCUUCACGCCCAAAAACCCCAAACAAAAAAGAAAAGAUAAACUGAUCUUAGAUCAGUGUCCAGAGGACACACCUCUGCCUCUCUGUCCUGUGACUGUGUACGUGAAUGCUGCAUGUUAACUCCAGGAAUAUUGUGAUUCACUCUGCUGUCGCCAUGGCAACCACUCACCAUCCACAGAAAAGAUGGGUGCACAUAUCCCUGUUUUUUAUAAAUCAGAUUUGAAAAACCUUCAUGUUCCUGGAGAAACAAAGCUCAGUCUCACAUGAUGUGACGGCGAAGGCAAAAGCUGUGGCUACAAUGUGCAGUUUUAUUGUGUUGUUGUUUCUUUUUUGUUGUUUUUUUAAACUUCUCUUGCUUCACUUCAUGACAAAAACGGAGCAAUACCCCAGUGUCGAACACAUCCACACCCCUUGAGUGCACAUUAACUCCAAAAAAGGGCUACAGGAUCAGUGGACUGGGAUGUCACUUUUGUGCAGAGUUUCCGUUUCCCCCACCUGCUCUGCCACAGACACAGUGAGUCUGUCAUUAGUGAUGCAUGGAGGGAAAAACUCCACACGAAGCCUAAAAGGACACACUAAGUGGGUCGCUCUCCUCCUGACCGCCUGCACACGCAUCUAAACCCAUCUCUUCAAGGCAAUAGCUGUGCGUUCAACUGAACCACACGUUUGUUUCUUUGUUCGUUUUUGAAGGACGAACCCUCUGUGAACACUGCUGUGUGUGAGGGUGUGUGUGUGCGUGUGUGUGUGUGUGUGCUGUCAAACCUGCAAAAUGGGCUCUAAAGUUUAUGAGCAAUAUAUUGUACCUACAUACCCCAAAUGUAUGCGCCGUCAGUGAAACUACAGGAGCACCAACUGCAAUAUCCAGAUCCAGAAGGAAUGGGGAACUUAAGAUAUUUUAUUUAUGGACUCAUAAAAAUCCCCAUUCCUCUUUGGAGCGUGUUCACUUUUUCUCACAUAUUUUUGGACAAGAGAGAAGGAACAUGUCGAUUAUUACUAUUUGCCUUUAGUCGGACCAAAUUUGCACGAACAUUUGUUUGUUUUGUUUCAAAGAGAGAAGCCAUCACAGUCACCGCCAAGCAUCUAUGGUGUUCAAGUAUUAGUCUCGUCCAUGUGCUUUGAUGAACCACUUUAUCUCUAUCACUGCAAAAAGGUUCGCAAACGCUCACAGUCGUAGUCUGGCUCGUCUCGGUGUGGAAACUUCAGAUGCCGCGGGGGGCGUCUGGACCUGCCGCAGCGUGGAGCCACGUCAGACGUCACUGCUGGCCUGUCACAUGUUGUCUUUACUGUACACUGUUGAAUGCUACCAAAUACAAAUCCUCGGAAUGUUACUGAUCCUCAGCAGAGCCUUCUUUCUACCAUCAGAAGGAUGUUUAACCCAAAACGCCAACUCAUGCCUUUUGAUUUAAGCCUCCAAAUUUCAUUUUUAACCAAUGGAUCAUGUGUUCAUGCUUGAUUUACUGUGUGUGUGUGUGUGUGUUACCUUUUUGGCUGGGGGUGAACUUGCCUUUCACAGGCCGCCUCUCUCCUCCAUCCACACACUGCAGUUCCAUUGUUGUCAUGUGUCGUCUAGAAGUGAUCCCAUGCAGCAUUUAAGAUGAAACUUGUAGCUUAAAACUGCAAGAGAAAUAAAGGUUAACACAACUAAUUGUCCAGUUCAGGGCUUAUUGGUUGCCUGCUUUGUUUAUUUACACACAUUAACACACGUACAAGUACACAUACACAUACACACACACACAAAGACUUCUGCUCAAGCACAAAAGGGCACAUGUAAGAUGACACACAUGCAUGCAUGCACGCCAACACAACUCUGUGGAGACCAAUGAUGCCCACUCUGUGAAUAAUCGACUUACAAUUGCAUGAUGGGAAACUUGUGCCAGCACGUGUCUCUUUGAUCUUUUUUUUGUCUUUAAUUUCUGGAGCUACUUGUACGUAACGAUGAGUCAUCAAUGUUUGUGUUUCUUUUGUGUGUGUGUGUGUGUUUUUCAACAAACAAAAAAAGAGAAAAAAGUUUGUGAAUACGUUUCCUGUAACCAAUACGAAUGUAGUGUGACCACAGAACUCGCAUGAGACAAUUAAUUUUCUACCGAGGAUGUUUCUAAUUUGUUUCUUAUCAUUACUGAUUGUUCUUUAAUGAGGAUGAAGUGGAACUGGAAUGCAGCCUGAUUGUGAUCUGCUUCCUAUUAAAAGGACAUUUAUGUCACACUGUAAA